CGACUUCUUAAUGUUAAAGAGAACGCCUCGUGUUUCUGUCUAGUGUGUAUGCAUAUUUGUCUAUGUUCACAUAUUCACUGUCUAUCGCAUUUACCGUGAAAACGAGUUCGCAGUAUGGCAAUAUUAUUGUUAAGCUUUCUGGGACUUCUUGCAGUUGCCGUUGCCCGUCCAAACCAGUGUCCUCCUGUCCCGUUCUAUCGUCCGAUUGAUUGUGCAGCUAUGCUCGUUAUCAACGAAUGUUCUGUCAAGUUACAAAACUGCCCUGCUGGCAAAACAUGUUGUCCUGGAAUAUGUGGAUCAAGAACUUGUCAGCUUAUCGGAAUUAAACCUCCCUGUCCUUGCGGUCCGAAGUGUUGUCGUCGGUACUGUCCCAAUGGAUACGCCAUGGAUGCCAAUGGGUGCGAAAUAUGUAGAUGCAAAGUUGUUUAUUAAUAUGCUGCUUCUGUUCAGGAGCAAAUAAUCGUUUAAAACCAAAGACUUGGUCACAAUUUGUAAAUUUUUGUUGCUGAAGAAAAUAAAAUUAUAUAGGCAAA